CUUUUUUCGUGUCCCUAGGCACAUCUCUAAUUCCAAGGGCCUAGCCUGGUAUUUUUUUUAAUAGUAAAAUUUUGAUUUGAAUACUUUAUAUGUUAUUAAUGUGUUUUUACUCUCUAAAUAACAUGAUAAGCUUGAAGAAAACAGUAAAUAAUUACUAUUUCUGUUCGAUGAUUUUAAGACAUAAAAGAUGCUAUUCAAAGCGUAGCAAAGUUUUUGAUGCUAACUAUCAAUAUAUCCAAAGAAGCAAGGUUCCGACGAUGCACUUUCAGAAGUCCUUACCCCGACUACCAGUUCCGGAACUACAGAAAACAGGAGAGCGUUAUUUAAAUGCACUGAAACCUAUAUUGUCCAAAGGGCAAUUUGCCGAAGCUGAAGGACGUACUAAAGAUUAUGUAGAAUCAUCUGGUAAAAUUUUACAAGAAAAUCUUAUUAAAAAGGAUAAAUCUUCCAAACAUACAAGUUAUAUAUCAGAAUAUUGGUUUGAUUUAUAUUUGAGGGACCGUGCUGCUCUCCCAAUUAAUUACAAUCCAUUAAUAGUCUUCCAAAACGAUCUGAAACCAGCUUACAACAAUCAGUUAGUACGAGCAGCUAAUAUUGUAAUAAGCUCUGCAAGGUUUCUAUCAUCAUUAAGGGAGCAAAUUUUGGAACCCGAAGUUUAUCAUAUGAACCCAAAGAAGAGCAACACCCCUUUAUUUAGAACUGUUACAGGAUUGUUGCCUGAGACAUUGUCAUGGUAUGGUGCUUAUUUAUUUAAAGCUUUUCCUUUAGAUAUGAGCCAAUUUGAAGGAUUGUUUGGAGCUACACGUAUCCCAAAUCUGGACAAAGACAGAAUUUUGAGAGAUCCAACAAGCAAACACAUUGUUGUACAGAAAAAUGGCAACUUCUACACAUUUGAUUUAUUUGAUGUUAAUGGUAACCUCUUGUCUCCUGGAGAAAUCUUAGGAAAUCUCACCAAAAUUGUUAAUGAUGCAACACCUUUCAAUGAUUAUCCUGUAGGUGUUUUAACUUGUCAGAAUCGCGAUACAUGGGCCAAACAAAGAGAUUAUUUGGAAGCUACAGGAAAUAAAAAUGUACUACAUAAGAUUGACACUGGCAUUCUCAACCUAGUUCUGGAUAAAGAAGUUUUGAACGAUGAUAAACAUCAAAUAUUGAAACAUUUUUUGCAUGGUGAUGGAUUGAACAGAUGGUUUGAUAAGUCAAUCAGUGUUAUUAUAACUAAUGAUGGAUAUUCUGGUGUAAAUUUUGAACAUUCAUGGGGAGAUGGCGUGGCAGUGCUAAGGUUUUUCGAAGACAUCUAUAAGGAGACCACGACACAACCAUUUGUUCAUCCGGACACGAAACCCUUGGACAGUAAUAUAACUGUUACAAAAUUAGAAUUCACACUAGACGAUACAUCAAAGGAGUUUGUGGCAAAAGCCAAAAAGGAAUACAAGGAGUGGUGUGAUACUUUGAGUAUAGAUUACAUUCUAUAUGAAGGUCUCAAUAAAGAAGACUGUAAAAAGUUAAAAGUUAGUCCUGAUUGCAUUAUGCAACUUGGGUUUCAAGCGGCUUACCAUUUGUUAUAUGGAAAAUACGUCGGAACUUACGAAUCUUGCAGUACAUCUGCUUUCAAACAUGGUCGUACUGAAACUAUGAGACCUUGCACCGUGAAAACUAAACAAUUUUGCGACAGUCUCCAUUCAAAUAGUUGUUCAAAAGAGGAAUUACGUGCUAUGUUGACUGAAUGUUCAAUGGGACACAUGCAACUAAUCAAAGAGGCAGCUAUGGGUCAAGGCUUUGAUCGUCACAUGUUUGCCUUGAAAAAGAUAGCAGAAGAAAACAACUUACAUGUACCUGAACUUUAUGACUCGCACGAGUAUAAAUUCUUGAAUAAAUCAAUAUUGAGCACAAGUACACUCUCCUCACCGAGUGUGCUAGCUGGCGGUUUUGGACCAGUAGAUAAAAAUGGAUUUGGUGUUGGAUACUCAGCGUUCCCUGACAAGUUGGGCGCCGCAGUAACCAGUUACAAGCCCUAUAAUGACAGUUCGAAAUUCAUUGAAGCUUUGCACAAGUCAUUUCUAGACAUUACCAAAAUAUUAUCAAACUAACUAUUUUUAUAUGAUGUGUAUAUUAUUGUUGAAAGUAAUUUUAUAAUAGAUUUUUUACGUAGUAAGCACAAAGGCUCAAAAUCUACAAACACUAUUUUUAGAAAUAUCUGUUUAAUGUUAUGCAUUUCAACAAACAACACUUUACUAACACCGCUACGUACAACGCAGAACCAUACGGUAAACAAGACGUUGCCGCGAUAAAUUUAGACAGCUAUAAAACAUUCCGUUUGAAGUGAUUGAUUCAUAAAAUCAUUUUUUUACAAGAAGGUGUACCUAGAUGUGCAAAUUUGAAUCAUAAAGGUAUUACAAUUUAUGGUUAUCGGACCCAAUUUUUUGCAAUGAAGUUAUUAGUGACGAUGGGGAUGAUGCAUUUUUUCUUCGUCUAUCAGGUUGAAUAUCAAAAAAAUAUUGCACACGUAUUUGCUCUUUAUUCACACAAUCCAAACUUUACAGAGAUAUAUUGAUUUUAAAUGUCACGGCUUUGUACAAUUUUUACUUAGAACUGACGUCACGAGCCCUAGCUCCCAAACUUUGACGCGCUUUAUCUUUGUAAUUUUUUGGUUGAAUGAUAAAAGAAAAAUUAUAUCCAUAAUUUUUACAUAAUUUAACCGACUAAAGGGAAUUUCGUUUACUUUACCCCGUAAUCAUCCCUAUUGUAAAAAAAUAUAAGUUCUUUUUGCAUUUUUGUUAUUUUUUAGAUUAGAAGCGAAAUAACAGUGCCUUGGGUAAUCAAGUAUAUUUGUAUAUGUAGAGGUAUUAUUAUAAUAAGCAACAUCUAACAGGCUUUCUCAAUAAAUAGUGAAAAAUUGGUUAAUUCCCAUCCAUGAUAGACUUCAUAGCAAAUUUUGUAGAUUUUAAGGUUUCAUACAAAAGAGUUACAACGGGAUCAAACCUCUGCAGUUCGUCCUUCCGUCUGUCAAUCUCAUUAACAUUAAUAGGUAUACAUUUGCCAUUUUCACAGAAUCAUGUUAUUUUAAGGAUUAAAUCUAAUACAAUGGUAUGGAACCGUUUAUGUGUGAUUCGCACUGGCCUGUCUAUUUGUCUAAUUAUGACUCAAAAGUCAUAAUUAAUAUUGCUUUGACCUUACUUCUCAGCCGUUUUUGCUUUUUUAAUUGUAUCUGAAUACUAACAAGAGUUCGGAAUUUUACGUGCCAAUUCUUUUCGUAUGUGGAUGCUAAUUUUAUGAACGUUUAAACACGUUUAUUAAUACUAAUCACCUACGAAUAUAAUUCGUAUGAAAUGUACCAAAGUGCGAGUACGCUUUUUUGCAAUCUGAUCAUUUGCAUCAUUCCUUAUUCUGUGCUUAUUUUUGGUUAUGGUAUUCCAUGUGCCUUGAAGAUUGAAUAAAUAUAUCUAUUUACGGGUGUGCAUUUUCAUAAUUUAUAUUUUGUAUGGCUUUUUGAAUUUUAUAUGUUGAAAAAUAAACGUUAAUCAUAUUAAACUAUUAAAACUGGCUAUUUUUUUGAAAUUUUAAACUUACGCAUAAAAAUGUGUAUUAUCUACUUAUUCUUCUGACAGCUAAUCAUAGAUCAUGAGCGGACGCGAGCUGAGAGACUUAUGCUUUAGUGAUAUAAUCAUAGUGUGAUGUCAAUAUGAUGUUGAUGCCAAGUUGACAAUGUUUUUAAAUGGUAUUAGGAAACAUUC